GGUACGCUCUAGCAGCGGGAGGUGUUCCUGCUCAAAUCCUUGCCUCCAGGGUGAGGGCCAUAGAUGUGUCCCUCACCUUGGAGUCUCUGAUGGUCUCCGGUGAUCUGUACUUCGUCGUUGGUAAGGAUGGAGAAAAAGUUCCGGUGGCGUGGCUCGUCGGCAGGACUGGCCUGCUCUACUUCUCAGCUCACUGGUGCAGUCCAUGCCGGAAAUUCCUCCCUAAGCUCAUCGAGGAGUACAUCAAGAUGAGGGAGGAGACAAGCAGUGACGUUGAGGUCGUCUUCGUCUCCAACACCGACGGGCAGGAGAAAAGGAAUUGUCAUGUGAGGCCCACCGCAUAUAUUUUGUCAUUUUUCACUGACAUGUGAGCCCCAUCAACAAAAACCUUCUAAACGGAGUUUAUUUACACCGCUUUGUAAGACGGGAGAGAUGUUAUACCCGGAUUCGGGGUUGAGCCCAUCAACAAAAACCGUUUCCUAAACCAUCGAAGGAGUUUAGCUUUGAUUUUACGACUCAACUAUGAGCCAGAGAUGAGAGAGUGAAAAUAUACCUAUUUCCUUUUGGAUGACAGCUCACAUGGCAAGGUGGCCCAAGACCGAGAGGCCCUAUUGAAGGUUUAUGGAUUGAAA